GCCAAGAAAGUAACCCAAUCCUCCCGGCGGGCGGGGUCUGGGACUGAUGUAACAGGAAACGGGGAUGUUUCCUUUGCGCUGCGGAUCGCUUACAACCGGACCACGCUCGCCAGUCCCUCCUCAGACCCAGCCGCCUCCUCCGGAGGGCAGAGCGCAGCAGAGCCGCCUCCUUUCGCCCCAUCUCCCAACUUGGAUUGUACCUGCCUCAACUGAUCGACUCCUUUGUUGUGCGCUUCGACUCCGCUUCGCAUUUGCCUUUUUUUGGGUGUCUGUGUGUGUCUGUGUGGAAGGGGGCAGCUGCCUCCGAAACGAAGAAACCCCCGAGAGUUGGACGCCCAUCCGAUCGCCUUGCCUACGGUGCCGCUGGGAGGAAGAGCUUUGGCUACACUUCUUUUCUGAACUACAGUUCAACGACUACACUAGCUAUAUUGAGUGAUGGAGACAAACUGGAUCAUGCAGAUCGUGUUCCUCUUAGCUCUGACCUUGAUUUUUGUCACGGCGGUUCCGGACGAGAACGCAACCAAGGAAGGCUAUAUAAAAGGGGAUACGAACGCAACCGAAGAUAUCUAUGCACUGAGCGUAACUGUGAACAAAAUCAUGACAGCACAGUUUGAAUGUUACCAGAAAAUUAUGCAAACGUCUUCUCAAAAGAAUGAAGGUCCUCAUUGCAAUAGGACAUGGGACGGCUGGUUGUGCUGGGAUGAUGCUGCUUUGGGGAAAACAGUCAUCCAGAACUGCCCUGAUUACUAUCAGGACUUUGACCCCUCAGAGAAAGUUUUUAAGACCUGUGAAGAAAAUGGGCAAUGGUUUGUACAUCCCGAAAGCAACAGAACAUGGACAAACUACACGCGCUGUAGUUUAGGAGUAAACGAUAAACUGCAGACAGCUCUGAAUUUGUAUUAUCUCACUAUCAUUGGUCAUAGCCUUUCAAUAGUUUCACUUUUGAUUUCCCUUGGCAUAUUCUCCUAUUUUAAGAGCCUGAGUUGCCAGAGGAUCACUUUGCAUAAAAAUCUCUUUUUCUCUUUUGUUUUCAACUCCAUCGUUACAGUCAUUUCUCUCACAGGAGUUGCCAACAACCAACAGCUGGUUCAUUCUAAUCCAGUCGCAUGCAAAGUGGCUCAGUUCUUCCAUCUUUAUUUAAUGAUCUGCAAUUACUUCUGGAUGCUCUGCGAAGGCAUUUACCUGCACACGCUCAUUGUGGUGGCUGUAUUUGCGGAAAAGCAGCACUUGCUGUGGUAUUACCUUCUCGGAUGGGGAUUCCCGCUCAUUCCUGCCUGCAUACAUGCUGUAGCAAGGACCCUAUAUUACAACGACAACUGCUGGAUCAGUUCAGAGACUAAUCUAUUGUACAUCGUCCAUGGUCCUAUUUGCGCUGCUCUAUUGGUGAAUCUUUUUUUCCUCUUGAACAUUGUGCGUGUGCUGAUCACCAAGCUAAAGGUCACCCACCAAGCAGAAUCCAAUCUCUACAUGAAGGCGGUCAGAGCCACCCUCAUUUUAGUGCCACUUCUGGGCAUCGAAUUUGUACUGUUUCCCUGGCGGCCCGUGGGCCGUAUCGCCGAAGAGAUUUAUGACUAUGUGAUGCAUAUCCUUAUACACUAUCAGGGCUUGUUGGUGGCAACCAUUUUCUGCUUCUUUAAUGGCGAGGUCCAGUCUGUUCUGAGGAGACACUGGAAGCAAUACAGGAUCCAGUUUGAGCACAGCUUUUCUCACUCGGACGCCCUUCGCUCGGCUUCCUACACAGCCUCCUCGAUCGUCGACGGUCAAAGCUUCAGCUACAAUCGCGAGUGCAAUGGGGAACAUAUGAACGGGAAAAGCAUUUACGACACGGAAAAUGUUGUUUUUAAAGCCGAAAAGCUGUACGGCUGAUUAGCAAGGACUCUUUAUUCCCACCCUCGCGAUAUUUGAGUGGAUGACUCCAGGAGCCAACAAGACAGUCCCCCCUACCCCCGCCCACCCACACUUUUUUGGUCAGUCUUUGAACUCGGUUACUCUUGAAGGAUGUGACGGAUUUCAAUUUCUUUCUCACAUGUGCUCAUGCCUUAGCAUAUCUCAGCAUGUGACUGCUUGCUCUUUGUUUGUACACUGGAGCUGGUCUUUCCCACCAACUGAAGUUUCAUGCUCUGACCUCUGGAUGCCCAACCUUCGGAGAAAUACUGGCUGAAGUUUUCAUGGGGAUCAAUCAAGCUCUAGAUCUACAUACGUGUUUUGUACAUGUAGAUAUGUGUCGGGAUAGAUAGACGUUGCCUCUUCGGCUUCUACCGUGUAGACAAAGUGGGCAAUUCUUUUGUUUGACGGGAAUCAAGGGAAGUUUCGGCUUAUUUUCAGCGGUUUUGUAUCAUGACUGUGGGUUGUCCAAGAGGUCGUUUUGUUUGCUCAGAAGAACUUGUAAAUGCUGUAUUUAUCAUGUCGUUUCGUCUUAAGUGCAGCCAACAGAGCAGCCUAAAUAAGUAUUGGAAGGGAUGCAAUGAUUGUAAAGUAUUCUAGGUGUUGACUGCGCAACAUUUAACUCUGACAAAGAUAGAUAUAAAUCUGCUGUAUAGACAAUG